AUGAAGAGAAGAAAGGAAAAGAAAAGAAGAGAAAAGAAAAGAAAAGCGAAGAAAAUAAAAGAAAGAAAGAAAGAAAGAAAGAAAGAAAGAAAGAAAGAAAGAAAGAAAGAAAGAAAGAGAGAAAGAAAGAGAGAAAGAAAGAAAGAAAGAAAGAAAGAAAGAAAGAAAGAGAGAGAGAAAGAAAGAAAGAAAGAAAGAAAGAGAGAAAGAAAGAGAGAAAGAGAGAAAGAAAGAAAGAAAGAAAGAAAGAAAGAAAGAAAGAGAGAAAGAAAGAAAGAAAGAAAGAAAGAAAGAAAGAAAGAAAGAAAGAAAGAAGAGAGAAGAGAGAAAGAGAGAAAGAAAGAAAGAAAGAAAGAAAGAAAAAGAAAGAAAGAAAGAAAGAAAGAAAGAAAGAAAGAAAGAAAGAAAGAAAGAGAGAGAGAAAAGAGAAAGGCCGAAAUGUCAAACUGGUAUGCUUUUGAGCGCUACCUCCCGCUUCACGUCUUAGGCGCUAUCCUCUCUCCUGCGGACCAGAUCCGCCCUCCCGCGGACCAGAUCCGCCCUCCUGCGGACCAGAUCCGCCUUCCCGCAGACCAGAUCCGCCCUCCCGCGGACCAGAUCCGCCCUCCUGCGGACCAGAUCCGCCCUCCCGCGGACCAGAUCCGCCCUCCCGCGGACCAGAUCCGCCCUCCCGCGGACCAGAUCCGCCCUCCCGCGGACCAGAUCCGCCCUCCCGCGGACCAGAUCCGCCCUCCCGCGGACCAGAUCCGCCCUCCCGCGGACCAGAUCCGCCCUCCCGCGGACCAGAUCCGCCCUCCCGCGGACCAGAUCCGCCCUCCCGCGGACCAGAUCCGCCCUCCCGCGGACCAGAUCCGCCCUCCCGCGGACCAGAUCCGCCCUCCUGCGGACCAGAUCCGCCCUCCUGCGGACCAGAUCCGCCCUCCCGCGGACCGUAUUUGCCCUCUCCGCGACCUACCUUUGAGACGGCCGCGAUUUCCUCUUCAACGGCCGCAAUUUCCUCGUCAACGGCCGCGUUCUGCUCGACGGCCGCGUUCUACUCGUCGACGGCCCAGAUCUGCUCGUCGACGGCCCAGAUCUGCUCGUCGACGGCUCAGAUCUGCUCGCCGACGGCCGCAACCUGCUCGGCGGCCGCGGUUUGCUCGCUGA